AUGCAUAACAUCGUGCGUCCCGUCGCGUACUUUGAGCUCCGGGUGUUUUAUCGCAAAUACUUGCUCUCGACUAUGGAGUUGAAGUUCUGGGCAAACAUUGUCCUCGUCUUCAGCGCCUAUAAGAUAAUGAACCGAUUGGUGCGGGCGAUGGUCUCCGGCGACAAUCACACCAUUAACACCAGAAGCCUAUAUCUUCUCGCAUACAUCGUAUGGUCGGUCCUAUCGUUGACCGCAUACCUCGUGGUGCCGAUGGCCAGCUAUGGCCGCGCGGCCAACGUUAUGAUUGUCGGCGAGUUCUUCGCCGCCUUCGGCCUACUAUUAGUGUUGUGUCGCAGUAAUAAAAGUAACAAUAAAUUUAGACUUUAA